GGGAAAGCUCCCGCCCCCCGGAGGAAGGCUGCGGCUUUCUCAUUCUCGCAGUUUUCCCCUCCGCGGCCUCGCAUGGAGAAUGGGAGCCCCCGCAGGCCCUCGAAGCGGCCGCCGCCCCCUUCUGCUUGUCCCGAGGCGAGGUCGGCGAGCGGCGGGGCUUCUCGGCCCAGCCGGUUGACGCCGUGUCUGUGCGUGGUGGGCUUCCUGGAUUUCUUUGGUGUCAGCAUGGUUGUCCCCUUACUAAGCCUUCACGUCAAGUCUUUGGGAGCAAGCCCAACAGUGGCAGGAGUGGUAGGGUCUUUAUAUGGACUACUGCAGCUUUUUUCCAGCACCUUGGUGGGGUCUUGGAGUGAUAUAGUGGGAAGGCCCUAUUGCCUACUGUCCUGCAUUCUAUUCAGUGCAUUGGGUUAUUUUGUCCUUGGCAUGUCCACAAAUGUGUUUUUAUUUGCUGUUGCCCGAAUUAUUGUUGGAAUUUUUAAACAUACACACUCUGUUUCAAAAGUUCUCAUUUCUGACUUGGUUUCCGAGAGAGAGCGCCUUCUUGUCAUUGGACACUUCAACGCAGCCUCCAAUUUUGGAUUCAUUCUUGGACCAGUGGUUGGAGGGUACCUUACCGAGCUAGAGGGUGGCUUUUACCUGACAGCCUUCAUCUGUGCUUCAAUUUUCAUCUUGAAUGCUGGACUUUGCUGGAUGCUGCUAUCGUAUGAAGAAAACACUAAUGGUAACGAAUGGAUCAGGAGCAAGAAAGCAAGAUCCAGUCCCUCAGCAGAAGCAAAAGAAAGCUUGCAGGUUAUAUCUGUAUCUCAUGAAGCUGCAAAGUGCCAUAUUCUUACCAGAUCAUCUUGGACUGAGGUGGUAUCUAUGCUGAAGAAUCUUGGCAGCAUUGCGAGUUCUGAUCUGUGGGAUAUUUUUCUUGUACGACUGCUGAUGUCUAUUUCAAUAAUGUUGUACCAUAGCAACUUCGUCUUGGCACUUGAAGAAAGGUUUGGGAUGAAGCCUAAACUCACUGGCUACCUCAUAAGCUACAGCAGCACACUUGGAGUAGCUGCUGGCUUCCUGCUUGGACCAAUUGCAAGAUUGUAUCAGCACAAUAACUAUGCCAUUUUAUUACGAUCUACCAUCCUCACUUGUUCAUUGCUAAUGCUGUAUUCUGUAUCAGCCAGUAUAUGGACAGUGAUCCUGUCCUCCACUGUUCUGGCGUUUUCAACCACAGUUGGACGUACUUGCAUUACUGACCUUGAGUUGACUCUGGGUGGGAACCAGGCCAGUGGCAUGCUCAUAGGUAUUGGUCAAUCUGUGUCAGCUGUGGGCCGCAUAGUUGCCCCUCUUCUCUCAGGGAUUGCCCAGGAGUUCAGUCCAUGUGGGCCCCCCAGUCUUGGAGUUGUGUUGGGGUUUGUUGCUGUUUUGAUCAUGUUUUUUAAUCAAGCACGAUACUGUAGCAAUAAGGAUUCCAAACUGAAAAUUGCGUAGUGGACUAUUUGUUGUAGACUUGAAUGAAUAGCCAAGCAGUGAAGAAAAAUGAAGGUAUGGUAUCAAAGAUCUGAAAUGCUGACGUUCCAGUUCAUGCUUUCAGGAAGUAUGUUGCAAAGUCUUCUAAGACCAGUUAUUUGUAGACCCGACCUUUGAACAGAACUGCAGUAAGCGUAAGACAGCUAAAGAAUGUUAUAGUCUCUAGUGCAAACAGAAAGUUACUGAGCAUUGCUCUAGCAUUUUUUAAAAGAGUCUGAAAGGACUCCAAAUGUUUGAUACCAUCAACAGUUAAAGAGUUACUACAACUGUGCCAUUACUAGUAUACCUGACAUUGGAGAAUGGAGCUCAUGAGGUGAGCCUCUGAUUUGGAGGUAAAAUCAGAGUUCAAAAUAUGACGUAGAUCCUGAAGAGAUGCAGACAGUUGCUGAAAUGGAUGCAGGAUGAGACUUGAGGCUUUUCCACAGUGCUGAAGCUAUUCCGCACACACAAGUAGCACAAAUACCUGGUUAUAUAUAAUGUGUCUGUAUUUUCCUCCCCUAUUGCUUUCAUCCUUGCUUUGGCACUCUGUUAGCAUUGACUGUUGUACUGGAGUAGGAAUUUUUCUUCCUGGGAUCCAGCCGCCCUAGAGGUCACAAAGCCACCGCUGAAAUACACAGAAAGAAUAACAUUUGUUGUGCCUUCAAAGCAGGCUAUCAUACCUGCCCCUUUACUUCCUUAACCUUUUGUUUGCUGGUUUUUUUACCAGGGUUGAAUUUUCUUUCCGAUGGUGCAAAGUGCUGUCUUCCAAAAGCCUUGUAGGUGUCUCUUGUAUUUGCCAUGGAGAAGCAGAGCAGGAAGGAGGAUUGCCCUCCCUCUGCAGCAAAAAGAGCCUUGGGCAGGUUUUUGGCUGGAGCACCCUCUCUCCCACUGAAUAAAGCCAACACAUACACUUUCAGGAGGGUUCAGUUAGCUCAUUUUUUCUAGGUGUUUAAGUACCAUUCAUUUGGCAAGCAGGGACAAAGGUUUUGCAUGGCAUAUUAAAGUGUGAUAAUAAAAUUACAUUUGGACUCUUGUUUAGUUAGAAUGGCUUUAGGGCAGGGCUGCACAACUGCAACAAGCUGAAUGUAGGCGACCAGCUUUGUGUUAUACCUGCAAGGUGUACAGCAGUGCAACCCUGAAUUUGAACUCCAAGGCAGACAGCAAGAACCAGAGGAUGAUUGAGCACCUAGACAGCUGUUUCAGCUUGAUUAAUUCCACUUUAAUCAGGCCUGCUUGAAUAUUUCACUAAAUUAAAAAGAAUGUGCUUUAUAAAAUUAGUGUUAUACUUACUAAAUGGGCAAAAUAGAAAUAAGCCACAUAUCUUUUAAGUCAUUUCUGUAAUUCCAAGCACACUCAGUUGAAUCCAGUAGAAAACACCUGCGGACAAAAGGGGAUGAUUUUUCACCAUCUCCCCCUCCCCCCGCAGCAAAGCUCCAACUUCUCCCCCCCCCCCUUUGUAUGCUGUACCUUGGGGAGGUCCAUUGUUUCUCAAAGAAGGAUUUGGGGGGGGGGGAGAUAUGGGGUUGUAGUGAAAAUCUCAGUCUCCUGAUGGAAAUAUCUUCUGUCUGAAUAUUUUACACAGGAUCUAACCCAUUUAUUUGGAAACAAAUUCCAUCAAAACCAGUGAAGCUUAGGACAUAGCUAUACAUUGCACACAAAGGCAUGUAACCAGAAUGUGCUUUUGGCAGAAGGCUUUCAAGGAUGGGGGAAGAACUUCAGUUAGGUAGCUAUAAUGACUUACUUCUGGGUAAGUGUACAUGGGAAACCCUUAAAGCGAAAUACAACAUUCAACUAUGUAUGAUCCUAAACAGAAAGUUACAAAGCUGCUUAUAAAUUAUAUAAAUCCAGAAAAUCUACUUGGAUUGUUUAUAUUGUGUAUUAUAUACACUGAGGAAGACUUUGUUUUGUUCUGUUUAUAUAUAUGUGGAGUAUUUGGGACAAAAAACGGCCUGUGAAAGUAUGGUCUCAGGGACUUAUUUUAGGGGAAAGGGGUUAAAGCCAUUGGAACCAGCUUUGAAUUGUUUUCUCCAAAGUUGUAUUGCUUAAUUGCACUAAAAUAUUUAAAUGGGAAAUAAAAAGAGAAGGAUGUCCACUUGU